AUGAAGACCACCAAGUCCCCCCGGCGUUCUAGGAGUGUGAAGAGGAAUGCUGGUAGGAUGUCCCUGGGGGAACUUCCCCCCUCUAGAGUCUCUCAGGACGGUGACCCCCGUGAGCCCAGUGACCCCAGUGACCCCAGCGACGGGAGAGGAGACAGCAGUGACCCAGAACAAAUCUUCCAGAACAUUCAGUUCCAGAAGGAGCUGAUGGCCAACCUCCGGUGCCGGCCAUGGCCCAUGAGGCAGAAGCUGAUGGCCCUCAGGCAAGCCAAGGAGGUGGUGCUGAAGUUUGAAGGCCGGCUGACCAGGACCAGGGGGUAUCAGACAGCUGGAGCAGAGCUCUGGAGGAAGUUCGCUCGUCUGGCCUACAACUUCCUGGUCAUUUUCAUCCCCUGGGAAAUGAGAAUAAAGAAAAUUGAAAGUCACUUUGGGUCCGGAGUGGCCUCCUAUUUCAUCUUUCUCAGGUGGUUGUUUGGCAUCAACAUUGCCCUGACCAUCAUGACAGGUGCCUUUGUGGUUCUUCCUGAGCUGCUGGCUGGGCGGCCAUUUGGGAGUACAGUGAGCAAGACCAUCCCCAAGGAGCACUUCUCCAGUGCACAGGAUCUGGACACCAUCUGGUCCCUGGGGGGUUACCUCCAAUAUUCGGUUCUCUUCUACGGCUACUACGGCCGAGACCGGAAGAUCGGGCAGGUGGGCUACCGGCUGCCCCUGGCGUACUUCCUGGUCGGGAUGGCGGUGUUCGCCUACAGCUUCAUCGUCCUGCUCAAAAAAAUGGCCAAGAACUCACGCCUCAGCCUUGCCGGUGCCUCCGAUGAGAACUACACGUUCUGCUGGCGGGUGUUUUGCGCAUGGGACUUCCUCAUCGGGAACCCAGAGGCUGCGGAGAGUAAGACCGCUGCCAUCGUCAACAGUAUCAGGGAAGCGAUCCUGGAAGAACAGGAAAAGAAGAAAAGCACCAACCUGGCAGUGACCAUCUGUCUCCGUAUCAUCGCCAACAUCCUGGUGCUCCUCUCCCUUGCGGGGAGCAUCUACAUCAUCUACUUCGUGGUGGACCGGUCUCAGCGGCUGGAACGGAUGAAGAAAGAGCUGACCCUUUGGGAGAAGAAUGAGGUAAGCGUGGUAGUGUCCCUGAUCACCAUGAUCGCACCUUCCGCCUUUGAGCUGGUGGCGGCGUUGGAGAUGUACCACCCUCGGACUACCCUGCGCUUCCAGCUGGCGAGGGUUCUGGUCCUGUACCUCGGGAACCUGUACAGCCUGAUCAUCGCACUUCUGGACAAAGUGAACAGCAUGAGCAUGGUGCGAGCUGAAGUGAAGAGCAAUGCGACUUCCGUGCUCGAAUCCUCUACGAUCCGCGCACGUGGCCCACUGCCCAGGGAGUGGCUGAUGACAGCGCCCAGCCUGAGCCUGGUGAAGAACGGCACGGUGGCUCUGAUGGAGGGUGGUGUCUUGGGCUUCCUGAGGCCCAAUGGCACGGUGCCCACUGUGUUCAGCACGCAGAGCCAACAGGAUCAAUGCUGGGAGACCUACGUGGGCCAGGAGCUGCUGAAGUUGUCCGUCAUCGACAUGCUCUUCACCGUGGGCAGCAUCCUCCUGAUAGACUUCUUCCGGGGGCUCUGUGUCCGCUAUCUCAGUGACUGUUGGUGCUGGGAUCUGGAAAGCAAAUUUCCUGAAUACGGAGAAUUCAAGAUUGCCGAGAACGUGUUACAUUUAGUGUACAACCAAGGAAUGAUUUGGAUGGGAGCCUUCUUCUCGCCCUGCCUGCCGGCCUUCAACGUCCUCAAGCUGAUCGGGCUCAUGUACAUGCGCAGCUGGGCUGUGCUGACCUGCAAUGUCCCCCAUCAGCAGGUGUUCCGGGCCUCCAGGUCUAAUAACUUCUACUUGGCCAUGCUGCUGUUCAUGCUGUUUCUCUGUAUGCUCCCAACUGUCUUCGCCAUCGUCCGCUACAAGCCUUCCUUGAACUGCGGUCCUUUCAGUGGGCAGGAGAAAAUUUACGACGUGGUGUCGGACACCAUUAAGACGGACUUUCCGCUGUGGGUCAGCACAGCAGUCAGCUACAUCAGCAGCCCUGUGGCCAUCCUGCCAGCUCUGCUGCUGCUCUUCAUGCUGAUCUACUACCUGCAGAGCAUUGCGAGGUCGUUAAAGCUCACCAACAAUCAGCUGCGGAUGCAGAUACAGAAUGGCCGGUUGGAAGACAAGAGGAAGGUCGUCCAGAUGACGGCCGCCAGGAUCCAAACGCAGGAGGGCAGUGAGACCAAGCCGCAGAAGGAGGGCAAGGCUGAGUCAGCCGUUCCGCGGCCCCCAGUGCAUCCCACCACUCCCCGGAGGAAUGGUGGACCCAUCGUCCUGGGGUCUCUGGGAGGAGGGGUUCAGACUAUCUCACAGACGGUGCUUCCCGCGGAGAUUCGCGGGCCCCUGGCCACGCCUCACGGGACCCCAGCCCAAGGCCCUGCUGUGGGGUCUGAGCAACUGGACCCCAGGUAUCCCAGCAACCCCCGCCAAAGCCCGAGCAGACCCAUCAAAGCUGGAUUCUACACGCCUGUGACCCUGAGGAAGUACACGGAGAUCCUCUCAGAGCCACUCUACUGGAGAGAUGUCUGGCAGGCACAUCCUGAUGCCCUCAGAGGGGGGGUCCCACUAAGGGGAGGCGGCAGGACCCCCACCCCCUGCUACUUCUUGGUGAAUGAGCACGAGACCUUUAAGAAGCCACCCCGCUCCUUUGCCCGGCCCUCCCGGCACCUUGGAGGAGAUGAGGCCUACCCUAGGGGCGUCCACCGUUAUGUGCUGUGGGAACCCCAGUUGGCGUAUUCGCCACCCCUGAGGAGAUCCUAUCGCCCCCACUCACUGUCCGACCUACGCCAGGCACCCCGCUUCUUCAUCGGCGAGGGGGCGGGCAGCCCCUCCCUGUCUGGUAGAGCCAUGAUCCACAGGUCGUGGGAGGGGGGCUUCGGCGGCCCACCUUACCUUCACCGAAAGCGACCCCUGAGGAACGGGGCCUGGGCCCCCCGGGGCCGCCGGGUUGAGCACUCCUUCACCGAGUCCGAUUCCGGGUCCCUGGCGUCCAGCAGCGACCAGCAGAACAGCAGCAGUGACCAGUACAUCCAGAUCAGGCAACGUCCAGACAGGCCGCCAAGAUCUGUGGGAAAGCCAAGUGGGAGGAAGCCGGGGCAGGGAUCUGCUCGUUCCACACCCGUGAUCUGGUGA